UGUGAUCAUGCGUGUCGUAAUGCACGGUUCUCAGCUAGACAACGACAGCCGCUUCUUAAUUAAUGUGUGGGCGUUCACACCGACCAGCUGCACGUGACUGCGUCACUUCCCGAAACGCGCUUUGCCGUAUUCAUCUCUGCUCUCUGCUCUCUGGCCUACGCGUCUUACGUCAACAGCCGGCGAGAAACUUCCGCAGUACUUGUCCGGAAUGUUCUGAUCUUUUUCCUGGCCAAAUAUCGACAACCGCGACUGCCACUUUGUAUUGGGUUUGGUCAGAGCGCGCCUCUGUACAUUGAUUAGCUUUUCUACCCACUUCCUGGGUUCUCGCUUACGUUGCCUAGCCUGGCACUUAGCGUCGCCGCCCGCUGUUAAUCACACUUUGACGUGUAGAGCGAUGAGAGACGAACGCAUAGUGUUGGUCUUCUUCAUCUUGCUUGUCGGUGUGCCUCAACACCGUGCUGUUGGACCUGACGGUUGCCCGUACCUCGAUAGUGUCAUCACUGAUGGCAUGAACUCUACUCGAUAUACGAUUGGUGGACUGUUCUCUAUUCAUCAGAGGACGCAAGGACACGAUGCGAGAAUUUAUUGCACACUCAAGAGCGACUUUCACGACCGUGCUUUACACCGGGAGGGUGUCGAAUUGACUGAAGCGUUAGGACUCGCUGUAGACGCCAUCAACGCUGAUGAUACGCUCCUCGGCAAUGCUACACUUGGCUUUGCCAUACGUGAUACGUGCGGAUUGCUGGAUGGGACGGACUGCGUGAACGACGUGGCCAAGGAGUUGGUGCAAGAGCAUGACGUCACAGCAACUGUAGUUGGUCCUUUCCACAGUGAUGGUUCGGACAACGUUGAUAUUAUCAGAGUUGAAAAUGUCUUUCGGCAGUUGUUCAAGUUAGAUCCUCAAUCUAGAGAACCAGAAGGAAGAGGUAUUUUUCCUGUUUUGGAUAUUCCGGAGUUGCCAGACAUAGAGCCUGAUGAUUUCAGAGAAUCAGUGCGUUAUGUUGGCCACACGUGUGACCUUCAGGCCAGAGCUGCCAUUGAUUUUCUUGAGCAUGCUGGAUGGCAAGACAUUGUUGUAAUUACGAGCUCUGACAACUGUGGACAAAACAUCAGUGUGGAAUUUUACAAACUUGUUCAAGAACGAAAAUGCAAGUUCAAAACUCGAUUUUAUGAGGAAAAAUCGUCAAAGGCUGGCACGAGGACUCAUGUGACGGGUACCUUUGACCCUACAGACAUAUCAACUUUUUCUACUCACACCGUUUUCCAGACUUUAGAGAAAGAGGGCUACCCAGAUGCAUUUGUUGUCUUCUCAUCAAUUUCAUUUGGAUAUUCAUUAUUGGGACCGGAGGGAUUGUAUAAAACGUUUUAUAUCGAUGCAAGCUUGAGAAGAAGAAGUGCUUUUCUGUUGGGAGAUUUUUGGGGUGAACCAAGACAUGCAGACGAUCUAUAUGAAACAAUAAACAACUUGGUUAAUGACACAAAACAAGUUGUGAGUCUACGUACCCAUCUCAGCGGAUACGACAAAUUUCAAGAUCACAUGGCUGGUUUGCGAUUAUCAUCAAGACAGAUGAAACGUAACACAUACUUGGAAGAGUACUGGCAGGAGUACUUCGGGUGUACGGUUAGUGUCAAUUGUACCGACGAUAUGAAAUUAGAAGUAAUUCGACGUCCGAUUUUGAGAAACACGAAUGCACUUGUUGUUAUUGACUCUGUCUAUACGAUUGCUGCAUAUGUUGAGGUUUAUCGAAAGUUGUUUCCAACUAACAGAGGCGUUAGGUUUGACGAUUACGGUCUUCGUAGAGUGAACGUAACAAGUUGGACUGGUAAUGUUAUAAUGAUGGACAAGCUGUAUUUCUUAUCAUACGUUCAGUCUCGUAAAUGGGCCUACGACAUCUUGAUUUUGAAGAAUGAGGCUGGACGUAUGGUUGGUGAAGAGUAUGGAUUAUGGACAAUGACAGAUGGUUAUAGGAAGGACAGGUUAUUUGAUCUGAAAGUGUUUAGAAAGAAUGUUAGUGUAUCACUAUGGAGUCCACAACCGAUUCCGAAUGAAGAGCUUUGUCCGAUAACACCAACAGUAACACCAACGAUAGCAUCAACGACAACGCCAAUCAUAACGUCAAAUUCGACAUUAAUUAACAUUGGACAAGUAAGUAAGCCUGAAGAAUAUUGUUCUAGUGAGGAUGUACGUGGCAUGGUAGCGUUACCUGUUUUCAUACUCUUGCUACUGUGCGUCGUCGGUUUGACUUACGGCAUCAUCAAAGGCUGGAUUUCUGUUUGGGGGACGAUGCUGAAAUUCGGUAGCAUACUUCUGCUCAUCGUCACAGCUGCUUCGAUUCUUCUCUCUAUCCUGAUUGCUACUGAUGCAGUCUCUGCUCUGUCGUGUGAUCAUCUCGUGGCUGACUUUCUCGUUAACAUUGUCGGAUGUGUGUGUUACACAGUCAUGUUGAUCGCCGUCCUAGCGAAAGGAAUCGGAAAGAAACUGAAGCGACUCAAAGUAAAGGCCACGAUAUUUCUCCUCUUAUUUGUUUUGCAGAUAAUUCUGUCAUCGAUUGGCAGUUUUCAUAUCGAUAACGAGAAGAGCAGUAACAUUACAAACGCUGAGCAGUGUGUAGAUGCAAGAGAUCAUCCUCUCAUCUAUGUGUCAUAUUGUUUGAAUUGCAUUAUCAUACUCACGUCUACCAUUGUGUUUAUUGCCACAUUUAAACGUGUUCGAAUCCAGAGACCAAAGCCGCCGUCUUGGGCUACUCCGAUUAUGUCGUUCAUCUUGACUGUGAUCUUUCUCGUUCUCAUCGCCGUCUUUCUUUGGUCUGGCUCGUGCUUGGUUCAAGUUCGGUUACUCGUUGUGUUGGCAGUCUUUCCGGCUUUCGCGAUUCUUUCACUAAUACUUCGAAUUGUUGUGUCGUUGUCAUACAAGAAGCAUGUGGAACGUAAACAGUCGAUUGUACUUCCAGAUGGGCUUAAUGUUAAUAGUAAUUACUUUCAACGCGAACCGUCACAUCACUAUGUUGCGAGUGCUCAUGUCGACAGCCAGAUUAUCAUUAUUCCUGCUGACUUCUGGGAUGAGGAUAUCGUGAAGGCAAUUAAGGAGGUGCUGAUAGAGCCUCGUCGCAUACAAGUGCAAGCAAAGAUAGGGAAAGGCAACUUUGGUGAGGUAUUCAAAGGAACAAUGGAUGGAAAAAUCAUAGCUCUCAAGUCUGUCCAAGAUCGAAUGAACCAGAACGAGGUGAACGGAUUUGUCAGAGAAGGACUGCAGAUGAAGGUCUUAAACCAUGUAAACGUGAUGGAGCUGUACGGCAUCUGCUGGUCAAGCGAUCCGGCCCACGCUCGCCACGUCUCCCCACUUAUUGUAUUACCAUAUAUGGAACUCGGCGACUUGAAAACUUACUUGAGAAAACGUCGACCAGGAAGACGUGCGACACUGGUGGAAGACAUGGAGCUUCAAUCAGAAGAAAGAAAACCGAUCUCGACACUCCAGCUGGUGCAGUUUGCAUGGCAGAUUGCAUGCGGUAUGGAAUACAUUGCAGACAAGGGAAUCGUUCAUCGAGAUCUUGCCACCAGAAAUUGCAUGGUCAGUUUGGAUUUAAAAAUCAAAAUUGCAGACUUUGGAUUAGCUCGGACCAUGAAAGAAGGGAAGGAUUAUUAUCGUAUGGAUCAAGGUGGUCAACUUCCCGUUCGCUGGAUGUCAAUCGAGAGUCUCCUUGACUUCACAUUUACGACAAAAUCUGAUGUGUGGUCGUAUGGUGUGACACUUUGGGAGGUGAUGACUUUGGCUCAGCUUCCGUAUCCGGGCAUUUCGAAUCAGGAGGUGAUUCCGUUAUUGAAACGUGGACGAAGGUUGCAGCGACCAGACGAGUGUCCACAGGAAGUAUACGACAUAAUGAGACAAUGUUGGCUUCAGAACGCUGAAGAUAGAAUGACGUUCACUCAAAUCUACAAAGAACUCGACGGUUAUCUCGAACGACUCGCUGAGUACUGCAGGACAUUCAAUCCAGACCCCCAAGAAGAUCCAUACAUGCACUGGAAGCUGUGCCACGAAAUUGCCGAAGGUCUAGAUGAGGACGAUGAUCCAGGACUUGGAAAACCCGACAAAGAAACCAACGGAUUUGCCACAAUAGCCCCAGAUGAGGUCACCAAGGGAUCCACCAAAAGCUUAGUGCUAGAAGCACGUGACAACACGAUUCCAGCAGAGGACAAACUGGAAUCCAUGAAGAAAUCUGGUGUGACGAGAAGCACGGUGUCUCUCAAAUAGAUCUGUAAGCAUUCAAACUGUUAGAGUAUUAACGCCGCUUUUAGAAUGAAUAGAGAGAGUUUUGAUUUAUUGGGUAGAUAGAUCACACUGUAUAGUAUCAACUUCAUUGUGUAGUGAGCGUUGUUUAGCUAGAGCUUUGACCGCCUCAUCUGGAAUGAGUGCAUGUAGAGCAACUAGUUGUGUUAAGAGUGACUUUCAUAAUUUAUG